AUGACAUUCAGUGUGCCUUCUGUACCUCUAGGUGACUUUCAGCAGUCCUUCCUCCCCCAGGUCGUCAGCCUUGCGGACAUCGAUGCCAUUGCCACUCGUUUAGAACUCAAUGGAUCUCUUCAACCGAACCAUCGGUGGACUCUGUUCCCUGGCGACCUGUGCACGGAAACGAACGAGAAUACUUGUUUCAAACGUCUUGAAACAAUCGCUGCGGUUAUUGUCAAAGAGGCAAAGGCUUCGCUGAAUCGCAAUCCGACUGUGGUAAAGCAGACCCGGCCUACGCAAGCCGCACUUUCUGAGGGUCGCAACGGGCAGUUUAUAUCUGGUAGCCACUUCGCGCUAUGCACGUCCAGGGUGCCCGCGUCGUAA